UUUUUGACGCUCAGUGCCGUUCCGUCAACGCGUCUGAACACACAUUUUUUCGAUUCUCAACAAAUUCGUGCUGUCGGAUUGUGUUUUAUCACAUAAAUAUAUACUUUAACUAAUUAAUUAAAUUUUUUAUGAAUAAAUUUUAAUUUUUAGUUUUUUUUUGAGUAAAUAAUUAAUUACUAAAUUAAUUAAUUAAUUAUCUUGUUUGUGAUUUCAUCGUACUAAUUAUCGUUUUAAUGCGAUUCGCUCAAUUCCACGCCGAAGACCCGAGGGAUCAAAGGAAUUUAUUAAGGCGAUAGAUGCCAAGUAAUUGCUGGAUUUUAUACUAAUGGAUUAAACAAUUUUUUAAAAAAAAGUCGCGCCACUAAAUUUAAAAAUUACUUUCUAAUAUUCAAAAUAUUAAAAUAAAAAUGUCUAGAGUUUCGAUAUCAAAUGACAUGAAAUUUAAAUUUUGAAAAAUGUUUUUCCCGCGUAAUGAAAAUUUUCAAAUGAUCUAAAGUUUUUAUCACCGAAAUUUUUUUAGGAGAAAAAUAAAAAUAAAAAAAAAUAAUAAAUUGAAAAAAUGUUUGAACUCAAAGUAUCCGAUCACGAUCGAUAGUUAACUAGUGAAAGAAGCCACUCCCGUCGUCACGUCGGCGACAGCUUCCGGAGGCUUUAAUAUAGAAUCUCAUUAAUACGCUUGCGCUGAGUCUGGCAGUCGUAACCCGAAGACAUCGCCCUUAUUGCAUUCCCUUCAAAAUUCUUGACUAUUUAAAAAGAUAAAUAUACAUAUAUAUAAAGGUAUAUGAAUUUGAGGUAAAGAAAAAAAAUUAUAGAAAAUAUUCAGAAGAAAUGGGAGAGAAUUGAAAGCAUCGAUUCACCGAUAAAAUAAUUUAUUCAUUGAUUCUCUUAUUUAUUUAUUUAUUUAUUCACUCACUCAGACGCUCAUUAAUAAUAAUAAUGACAGACUAUGAGAGAAUACGUUUGGUCGUUCUUGGCGGUGCUGGGGUUGGCAAGAGUGCUAUUAUUAGAAGACUUCUUGGUCAAGGUUUCACUGAAAGAUACAGACCUACUGUCGAGGAUCUUUAUUCACGUGAAUGUAUCCUCGGUACAAUGACAUUUAAAGUUGAUCUUUUAGAUACUGCAGGAGACUUGCAGUUCCCAGCAAUGAGAAGACUAAGCAUAGCAACAGCGCAUGCAUUUCUUUUAGUUUACGCGACAACUUCAUCUCCAAGUUUUGACUGUGUUAAGAUGUGCUUCGAAGAAGUUAGAGAGCAACGACCCGACUACCAAGAAGUACCGAUAGUUGUGGCAGGCAAUAAAUUAGACUUAGCAUCAGUAAGACGCGAAGUUCCAAUUGAAGAUGUCAGUGAAUGGCUUUUUUGUGAGCUGCCAAAACUCCGUGCCAAAGUGAUGGAGUGUUCAGCCAAAGAUGACUACAAUAUAAAAGAACUAUUCAGGUGUUUUGUCACCCUCUCGAAAAUAGUACCUAAGAAUCCGGGCGGUGAACUCGACGAAUCCGGACUGAGAAGAAGGUGUUCCGCUUACGGAUCUCGGCGAUCUGGAAGCCCGAACGGAAGAACCGGAAGCGCUGGUUCGGGGCCUACGCAACAAGUAUUAGCAGCACAAGGAACGAGUGUAGUCGCUGUUGCUGAAGAAGUCAAAAGUAAACCUCGCAGCAGAAGUCUUAUAAGACGCGCUUCCAGGAAAACAAAGCAGCAGAUCCGCGAGUCGCAUGCUGACGAUUGUAAUAUUUCUUAAAUAAAUCGUAUUUUUUUUUUACUUCCCACUGCAUUUAAUAAUAAAUAAAUAAAAUUAUUAUUGAGUGUGUUGAUAUUUCUUGAUAAGAAAUAUUUCAUAAAAAUGUACAAGCCAAGUGAGUUUAUGUAUGACCGGAAAGUUUUUAGGGCAACAAAAGUACUGAGGUAAGUCUUUAGUUCAAGUAGAGUUUGAAGGAGAGGAAAAAAAUGAACCACGUAAAAAUAUGAGAAGUACAUUCAUAUAUAUCUAUAUAUAGGUGUAUGUAUAUAUACGUAUAUAUUUUGAAGAGAAGAAAUGUCGGUUGAAUAAAAAAAAUUUAAGUAGAGACAGACAUUGAGGUAGAGGGCAGACUGCUAGAGACAUCAAAGACGUUUUCUAUAUGGUACUUUCUGCAAAGUAAUCUUGCAGGUGCGCGGUAUAAUAAAAUGAAAUAAUAAUAAUAGCAGAGGAAAGAUAAAUAAAAGCAUUGCGCAUCCUAUGGGUGAACUUAUCAACUCACGACUGGGAGCCAGACUGACUUGUUUUGGUUAUCAGUCAAAUUAAUGGUUAAAAAAUUAGGAAAGAGUCCUGAAAAUUUUUUUUUUUUUAAAAAGGGGAAAUAUGGAGAUCAGGGGUAAUGUGAGCCACUUAAAAUUGUGGACAAAAAAAUUUAUUUUGAACUGCGAUACAAAUUUUUGCUUGAAUAAUUUACGAUAAUUGAAAUUUUUGAAUUUUUUUAAGGGGGUUCAUUUUGCCUCACAUUAAAAAUUUUUAUCUUUUUAUACCUGGGUCAUAUUGAGACCGAGUGUUGAAGAUUUAAAAAAGUAGUAGGAAAAAAUCACACUAUUAGUUUAUUUUUAGAGGACCCAUUUUUCCCCCCUUUCUCUAAAUAAAAUUGUUAGAUGAUUAUUUAUAAAAAUUUUCGAUUUAUCUGCACUAAACAUAUCAGUCUUUACUAUAUGAUAUCUAAAAUAUUUUAAAUUUCACUUACAGCUGCGUUUUUUCUCAACAUCCGACCAACGGAUGGUCGGCGGUUCGAAUCCAGCCCGCGGUCUUUCUGCGAUAAAUCAAUUUGAAUUUUUUCCUUCCGGUAAAAAUAGUUACUGCAAUUAAAAAUAAAUAAAUACGAACGUCAGUUACAAAUAUAAAGAUUUAAAAAUGAAUUCCAUGAACACACAAUAAUUAUAAAAAAAAAAAAAUAUUUUUUUAUUUCCACAUUAACACUAACGAGAUUUUAAUUCUCUAAAUUAUUUUUUUAUUUUCGAGUGUGAUGGUAAAAAAAAGAUUGUGUUAGCAAACAAUGUAAAGAGCAUCUUGAAUAUGAAAAUAAAAUAUGAGAAAUAAAUUUCUACAGUUACUUUAAAAUAUGAAAUUUAAAUUCAAAGAGAAAAUUUUUUAAAGGGACGGUAGAUGAUGCUGGAUGCUGGAUGCUGUUUGAGUUUAGAUGAGAGAUGAGUUGGCUCGGAAUAAAAUAGUAUAGAAUAUAAAGAGCAGAGUCAAGCGUGGAGUUGCGACGUGUUCACAAGGAUAUCUUUGACGUGUUACAUUAAUAAGGAUACGUAUUACUCGCACGACUGCGUUUUUCUCGAGGUUCUAUAUCUGUAUAUAGAUCAAGUACGAAUAUAACUCGGCGUCGUACGGAUGGCGAAAAUCAUGAAAAGUAAGUGGUUGUUUGAGACGGCUAUGAAUACUUUGAUAAGUCAUUAUAUUCGCGAAAGGAAACGUCUUACAAAGAGAAUAUUAGUUUUAUCUACUCUUCAUGUCUGUCUCUUUACAUCUUUGUCAUCUUUUUUAACCUCAAUCUCAAGUUUACGUUCGCGAAAAACCGUCAAGAUGCUAGAGAACAGGGCACGAUAAGUUCCCUUGAAAAUUUUUUUUUUCAAAAAAUUUAACAGAAGACAAAAAAUUUACGAGUGUAAAUGUAUCAGACAUCAGACAAAUUUAAAAUUAUAAAUAAUUACAAAAAUAAUAUUUACAAAAAAUACACUUGUUAAUUUCAAAUUUUUUUAAAUGUGCAUUUUUUUUUAAUUUAAUUUUAUUAAUUAUUUAGUCUAUUUAUUUAUAAUUUUAAAUUCGUCUGAUGUCUGCCGCAUUCACACUCAUAAAAAUUUGGGUACCGUCCUAAGGAAAAAUUUUUUGUAUCAAAAAUAUUCAAAUCUCAUUAUAAAUUUGUUCAAUUAAGUGAAGAUUUAAUAAAGUGCGGUAAUUUAAAUUUUCAAAAAAAAUUAAUUUGCGGGAGAAAGGGCAAAAGGUUUUGAAAAAAAUUUUAAUUAAAAUUAUUGAAAAAUAAUUAAUUUGUGGAAAUAAAACGGAAGCCAAUUGAAUGGCAAUUAAAAGUAAAAUGAAUAAAUUACUCUCUGAAAUUUCCCGUGCCUCAGUCGACCCUUCAGAUUUUAUUUGUUUUAAUUAUAUAAAUAAUUACAUUCCCGCUUCGUUUGAGGAAUAAUAUUCAGGGUUGAUUGUUACAUACAGUUAUGAAAAUAUAUCGAUAUGUAUAGAUACUUUUUUUUUAAUUGUAGAUGUAUGUUGGUAUGUAAUAUGUUGAUAUAUAGUUUCUAAUUUAUUACAAUUAUAUAUAUAAAUAUAUAAGUAGGCCGUCAUUGGUUACGUAGGUUUUUUUUAGAUUGGAUGAAGAGAAUCGAUUAUUAUAUUUAUUUAAUUUUUUUAAUUUAUAUAUGUCAAUAAUUUUCUGAAUUAUGAUCCAUCCUAAUUCAGUCGAUCGACGAAAAUUUGUUUGAAAAAAAAUCAAAAUUUAAACGAUCUAUGAAAUCAUUUUUGAAAUACCCGUGUAAUAAAAAUUGUUGAAAAAAUUUUGAAAAGGUGUUGACUAUUGUAAGCUUCAAAAUGUGACACAACGACGAACUUUUUUUAAACUUUAAAAAUUCAAGAGAAAAAUCACUAAAUGUUCUAAUAUUAUUAGGCUAUGCUUAAACGAAAAACGUUCAGAUAUAAUUCAAAAUCUGUUUUUUCUAAACGUAUUUUGUACUAAAAAAUGUUAAUUUGCAGUAUUAAGGGGUGACGGUAACCGAUUUUCAAUUCAAUUUAAUUUACGGAGAAACACUAGAAACCUAAAAUAGUCUUUAGCGUUUUUGAAAACUUUAACAGAGGGCUAGAAAUUUCAUAUUUUCAAAAAUUCUAAUUUGUCUCCGAGAAAAAUUGUUUUAAAAUUCUCAUUUACUCAACGAGUGCAACAAAGUCCCGUUUAUUUUUCUGAGUGUGAGAAAGAGGUCCGGUAGCGUAUCCCCUCAAGUCAAUUUUUUUUUCUGUUUUUUUUAGAAGUUUAAAAAUCGUUUAAAAAAAGUUCGUCAUUUCGUCACUUUUUAAAUUUUAGAAUAGUCAAUACUUUUUUAACCUUUUGUCAACGAUUUUUUUUUACACGGGUAAAAAAAAAAAAUUUCUGAAUAUGCGAAAUUAUUUGAAAUAUUUGCGUGGGUUACUUUGAAAAAAAAAAAAAAAAAAAAAAAAAAAUUGAAUAAAUAAUUAAUGAUUCUCUAUGACUCUGAAUCGAUGCACGAAAGGGAUUGAUAGUAAAAAAAACCCAAAAAAAAUUAUGGUUAAUAUAUAGUCAAAAUUGUAAAUUUAUAAUAAAUAAUAAGAUGCACGUAAAAUAAUUUAUUGAUUUUAAUUUAUAUGAAAUUUAUGGUUAAAUAUUAAAAUAAGUGUGAUAAAGAAUUUUGGGGACAUCAAAAAUUCUUUUAAUAAAAAUCAUACAUAUAUUUAUAUAUAUAUAUUCAAAAUAUUCACACGUACGUCAUGUAAGAGAAAUAAAUUUGAAAAAUAUCACAUGGAAUUCAGUCUUCAUAUGGACAGUGAAUAAUAAAAUCGCGAAUAAUAUAUAUAUAUAUAUAUAUAUAUGAUUGAUAGACUUUUUAGUUAGACUAAAAUGAUUAUAAAUAAUAAAUAUAUAAAUAAAUAAUUAAUACAUAUAACGAUAUAUUUAUUACUCCGUACAACCGUCCGGCAAAUGGAUUUUUUUACAAUAACAAAAAAUAAAUUAAAAUAACUACGAGGUUGUAAAAAAAAUAUUUAAAUAAUAAAUGAAAAAAAAAAUUACUAUUCCAUUGUUAUAAUAAUAAUAGUAAUAAUUAUUAAUACAAAUAAUUUUUUAACAGAUAAAUUAAUAAUAAACGAUGGAUUACGCUUACGAAUAAUAAAAAUAAUUCUCAAGUCGACCGGAUUUAAAAAGAUUAUCGAGGAUUUUGUAUUGGAAAACUCGAGGGAAAUAGUGCAAGUUUAAUAAAGUAUAAUAAAUAUAAUCAUGAAUUUAAAUUCUUAAUGGUGUUUAAUUAUUUUCGAGUAUUAGUUUUGUAAUUUCGCGUUACAGGUUUCCUAGGGGUGAGUUUUUAGAAAUUUCAUAAAAAAUUGAUUGAACACAAGGACGUGAAAUUUUUUAAUUUCCAUUCAAUUUUUUUAAAAUUACCCCGAGGGCAUCUGUAACAAAAUAUAUAUGAAUAUGAAAAUAAUAAAAAGAAAAUGAAAUAAAAUUUUUAAAAGGACAUUUUUACUUCUCUAUUUUCAAAUAUUCAGAUAGUGUUUCACGGUACUUUAAAUAAAUAAUCGAAGGUUUAUGCCAGAAGGUGUGCGCCCAUUUGCUCACAUCUGUAUGUUUGCUUUGAAUAUGAUUUAAAAUAAAAAAAUUUAAUAAAACAAAUAAUAUAUGUGUGUACAUUUUAUGUAUGUACUUUUUAAAACGUGAUACACAUUAAAUAAAAGGGAUUUUUUUAUGUGAAAAUUUCCAUAGCUUACAAUAAAUUGUGAUUUUUAUUGUUGAGAUUUGAAAUAAUUCGCGAACAAAAAAACACGAAUGAAAUAUAUGAGAGCAUCCCGGGUCAAAAAUAAAAUUUGAUUUUGAUGUCGAAAUUUAGAGUCUUCACAAGACAAAUUCAACUUUUUUUCACGGAGGUAUGAAAUAUAUUCAGUUUUCAGCUCAGUUUAAACUUAACUAGCUUACUAGUCACGAUUUAAGACGAAAAAGUCGAAAUUCAAUCGAAAUCGACUUGAAAAAGUCGAAACUGAGGUGAAUGACUGUCGUACUUGAAGUGAAGACGAUUAAAUUCAAACUAAAAUGAAAAAAAGCUAUAAAAGUUGACAAGAAUUUAAUUCAAGUCGAAAAAGUCGAGAUCUUAUCAGAAAAUCGAUGACUUCAAAAGAAAAUAAAGUGAAGCGAGCCUGGAUCAAAUUUGAUUUUUGACCCGGGACAAAAAUACUCAGAGGGCUAAGCUACAAAUCAAAAAAAAUAAUUGACGUUCAUAAAUUGAAAAGUUGUAAGAAAAUGGAAUCAAAAUUAAAAUUCUUACUGAAAUACAAAGUUCUGAUUAGUUUUGUUAUUUAGCGAUAGAUCUUUUUGAAAAAUAAUAGCUGUUGUAUGCGCACUCUAAAAAUAAACGCACUAAAUUUAACUCUGUAGUACGAGGAAUUAAUUAUCGAUUAUUAAUUAUUUAUGAUUAUAAAUAAAUUAAUAAAUAAAUAAGUUGGUUAAAGUGAUUUUUAGGAUUGUUUGGAAAAAAAAUAAAAAUAAUGUCGCCUAGGGUAAGAAAUUAUUUGUGGUGUGAGAGACCAAAGAUAUUAAUAAUCAAAUGAUUUAUAACGAUAAUGAAUGAAUAGUAAUAAUUAAUAAUUAAUUAUAAAAUUAGUUAUUGUUAUUAUUAUUAUUACUAUAAUUAUUAUUAUUAUUAUUACUACUACUGUAAUGUAUGUUAAUUGUGUACGUAAAUAACGAGUAAUGUAUUUAUUGCUGUUUUGUGAAGAGAAUAUAAUUACAAAUGGGAACAGAUUAAUAAUUAUUAUUAAAUAAUAAUUAUAAUAAAAGAUAUUACUGAGAAAUUUCAAAAAUUUUCUUGUUAUUAAUUAUUCAAUUCCCGUAAUUUCGUUUAAUUUUAAUUCUAGUAGUUAAAUAUUUUAUUAUUUUUUUAACAUUUGCUAGAAAAUUUAAAUCAGCGACUGCAGGUCAGCUGAAUAAAAAAUUACGUUAUUAUAAAUUAUAAUACCCGAGUAAUUAAUUAAAUUUAAAAAAAUAAUUUAGUAGUAAGAGCGUUAAAUAAUAAAUUAACUUUUCAUUUACUCAGUAAUAUUUUUUAUUUUUAUAACGAAACAUUAAUAAAAUAAAAAAUAACCGAAUUUAUGAAUCUUAUCUUUAAACGCACUAUCAACUGAAACAAAUUUUAAAAAUAACAAUAAUAAAUAAUAAGAAAAAAAAAAUGUCUAUUCUUCGUAGAAAAAAAAAUCUAUAAAAACCCUAGCUAUGAAUAAAUAAAAAUUGUCCAAUUACACUAAAACUUACCCUCGGAAAAAAAUGAUAAUUUCUGCACUGUGCGAUAAGAACUAAAAAUAAUAAACAGAGACAUCCAUAAUAUUGUUUUGCAGAACAAUAAGUUAAUGAAAGACAAAAAGUGAUUUAAGAUAUGUCAAUAAAAUGCAUUUUGAAUGGACUAU